AUGCUGUGGCUCUUGCUUGUACCUACAGUCCUCUGUGAAUAUAUUCCCCUCAAUCAGCACUGCGUGACGGCUGUCUUCACGGCCUACAAUUAUCUCACCUUCACCGGUCCCACCGGUUUCUGGGACUCGCGAUGUCAGAAUCCACUGAAAGUCACCUCCAUCUACGCCGCAUCCGGUAUAUAUUGUGACCCCGAUGAACAAAUCGCCGGAUUUGCCCUGUUUGCAACAUACUGCCACCAGUUCGGUCGGACCGAUCUCCUCCCCCGCGAUGCGCUGGCCGAGAAUUUGACGGAUGAUGCGAUUGCGCAGAUGAAUGUGGUGGAAUAUGGCGUGAUUCCGAAGCAUGAGCCCCUCUAUGCGCCGGUGAUGGUUUCGCAGGAAUACUUUAAACGGGCAUAUCGCACCAUCGAGGACAUGCAAUUCGUGAGUGGGAGGCAUCGGGCGUAUGGACUGGCAUGCUAUAUAUAUUGGGCGGGUAUCCUGGUGAUUGGCAUUAUAUACCGGGUGUUUCAACACUUCUGGGAGAACAGACGAUUACCAGGACAGCCAUGGACGUUUAUUCGUACUGUCUAUCAUCUCUUCCAGACAUAUCUGGUCGUUCCGAUCCCUCGACGGUUUCUCUGGUUCACGCCUACACCCAUCGACGGCAUCGUCCUCGGUCUGUUUUGGAUACUCAACAUUGUCUUAUCAUCCGUCAGCUAUCCGACCUUUGAGGGGAAUAUUUAUUGGCCUCCGAUAUAUAAACAGUAUCUACGAUAUGUAGCCGACCGCACCGGAAUCCUCUCGUUUGCCAACCUGCCACUACUUUGGAUAUUUGCUGGACGGAAUAACAUCUUCCUUUGGGCCACUGGGUGGAGCUUCGCAAUUUUCAAUAUACUUCAUCGCCAUGUUGCCAUCAUCUCUACGGUGCAGGCCGUCGUCCAUACUUUACUAUACGUCGUCAUGUUCAUAGAUGGUGGUUCUUUUUUUAAAAAGAUGCAGCGAUCGUAUCUACUCUGGGGCACUCUGGCCAUGACGGUGAUGCUGCUCCUCUUGCCCAUGUCACUGGCAUGGGUCCGUCAUCGAGCAUACGAACUAUUCCUAACUAUCCAUAUUGGUUUUUCGAUCAUUGCCUUGGUUGGCUGCUUCUAUCACACUAUUAUUUUCGAGGAUCUAGAAUAUUGGCAAUGGUUGUGGCCAGCUGUGGCCAUUUGGUCUGCUGAUCGUUUCCUUCGUCUGGUACGGUUGGUAUAUUGUAACCUGCAUGUUAAGGUUAAUCUCGAGAACCGCGUUCAGAGUACGUGCAGCUGGGCCAUAUACGACGAGACUAGCAAUGUGGUGAGGUUACAGUUGAAGCCAGGGUGCUUUCUGAGACCAGCCGCAGGCCAGUACUAUUUUCUGUACCAGCCAUUUCGUCUUACUGGCUGGGAGAGCCACCCAUUCACCAUGGGUGCUUGGUCGUAUGGGUCGGUGUCUGGGCCAGGAUCGUCGACAAGCAAGGCAACAUCCAUCGACGUGGCCCAGGUUCCUCUCUUGUCAGAUUCCUCCUCUGGUUCGGAACGUGACGAGACAACAUCGGGCCCUGCAGCGACUCCACACGACCUGCAAUUAACAUUCUGGAUCCGGCCCUACGAUGGCUGGACGCGCCAACUGCGCGAGGAAUGUCUUCGUUCUGCCGAUCGCAGGACGAAUGUAACGAUUCUACUGGAGGGCCCUUACGGACAUACGUUUCCAGUCUGGAAUUAUGAAUCCAUCCUGUUUGUGGUCGGCGGGACGGGGAUCGCCGCCGCCGUACCGUACAUCCAGGAGCAUUUCCGGCGUUCCGCAUCUACCAAUACUCGAACACAGGAAAUACACCUAGUCUGGACAAGCCGUCAGGCAUCGUUCAUUGCAGACAUCGCCACUCGCGAGCUGCGACCGGCCUUGGCUCGCGACGAUAUACGAACGUCGUUUUACGUAACAAAUACCGUCAACAUUGAACCUUCCGGACACGAUCUUCUUGGUUUAGAGAUAGAGUUAAUCGUGGGGCGACCGGAUCUAGCAUCACUAGUUACUCAACAUGUCCACGAGGCGCAAUUGAGCGACUGCACGGCGGCGGUGGUAGUAUGCGGUCCGCGGGGGAUGGCGAAUGAGACACGGACCGGUGUGCAUGCAAGGCUGCAGCAAGGGUAUCAAGUCGAAUACGUGGAGGAGUCCUUCAGCUGGUAA